CCACGUGUAAUAAUCAAGUCAACCGUCUCCUUUCCUAUUCGCCGGCGACACACACACUCUAUUUGAGCGAACCCGGUGGUGAAAAUGUCAUUCGAUCUAUCUCGUCUCUCCCUCACCUCCUCGCCUCGUCUCUCGUUUCUCACUCACACCGCUACUAAGAAAGGAUUCGUUAGGUGUUCGAUGAAGUCGUACAGAUUAUCUGAACUUAGUUUCUCUCAAGUUGAAAACUUGAAGGCACGCCCUCGCAUUGACUUCUCUUCCAUUUUCACCACUGUUAACCCAAUCAUCGAUGCUGUUCGUAGCAAAGGAGAUACUGCUGUCAAAGAGUACACUGAGAGAUUUGACAAAGUCCAGCUCACUAAAGUGGUGGAAGAUGUGUCCGAGCUUCCUAUUCCCGAGCUCGACCCCGCAGUUAAAGAAGCGUUUGAUGUUGCGUAUGACAACAUUUAUGCCUUUCACUUGGCCCAAAAGUCAACCGAGAAAAGCGUUGAGAAUAUGAAAGGUGUCAGGUGUAAAAGGGUGUCGAGAUCUAUCGGUUCUGUAGGUCUUUAUGUGCCUGGUGGAACAGCUGUUUUGCCAUCCACUGCUUUGAUGCUUGCAAUUCCUGCUCAGAUUGCUGGAUGUAAAACAGUUGUCCUCGCAACUCCACCAACUAAGGAAGGAAGCAUUUGUAAGGAGGUGCUGUAUUGUGCCAAGAGGGCUGGUGUAACCCACAUCCUUAAAGCUGGUGGAGCGCAGGCUAUAGCUGCCAUGGCCUGGGGGACAGAUUCUUGUCCUAAGGUUGAGAAGAUUUUUGGUCCUGGGAAUCAGUAUGUUACCGCUGCUAAGAUGAUUCUUCAAAACAGCGAGGCAAUGGUUUCGAUUGAUAUGCCUGCUGGCCCUUCAGAAGUUCUAGUAAUCGCUGAUGAACAUGCUAGUCCAGUUUACAUUGCAGCCGACUUGCUUUCUCAGGCUGAGCAUGGUCCAGAUAGUCAGGUUGUUCUUGUUGUUGUAGGCGACGGUGUAAAUCUCAAAGCCAUCGAAGAAGAAAUUGCCAAACAAUGCAAAAGCCUUCCUAGAGGAGAGUUUGCUUCGAAAGCUCUAAGUCACAGCUUCACAGUAUUCGCUCGAGAUAUGAUUGAGGCAAUAACUUUCUCAAACCUGUAUGCACCUGAACACUUGAUCAUCAAUGUCAAAGACGCUGAGAAAUGGGAGGGGCUGAUAGAGAACGCAGGUUCAGUUUUCAUAGGGCCGUGGACUCCAGAGAGUGUUGGUGAUUACGCGAGCGGGACAAACCACGUUCUUCCAACGUACGGGUAUGCGAGGAUGUACAGUGGCGUCUCCCUAGACUCUUUCCUGAAGUACAUGACUGUACAAUCCUUGACAGAAGAAGGUCUGCGUAACCUUGGUCCGUAUGUGGCCACUAUGGCUGAAAUUGAAGGUCUAGAUGCACACAAGAGAGCCGUCACUCUCAGACUCAAGGAUAUUGAAGCCAAGCAGUCCCAAACAAAGUGAAUGAAUGCCUGUUUUCAUAUUCAAACGAGUUGAAAUUUGUUUAAAGUGUUUGAAGAUAUAAUAAUAAGAAUAAUGUAAGAGAUGUUGUUACACUCUUUAUCAUAAUCUGGAUUUUCUUUCAGUA